ACAUAAUUGUGAUCAUAUUUGUUGUUUCAAGGCAAGGUGUGAGAUUGUAGAAUUGACGUCAUGUUUAUCUUUUGGUGCUCUUUUAAAAUUGAGAUAGUUGCGGACAGAGUCUGCACAGAUUUAAAACAACACUUCGAUGAAUGCAUCGAAUAUAUUGAUGAAGCUAAAAGAUCGGGUGGUGGUGUGUUGGUUCAUUGCUUUGUGGGAAGAUCCAGAAGUGUGACUAUUAUUGUUGCAUAUCUGAUGAAAAAGCAUGGUAUGAGCAUAUCUCAAGCUCUUGAACAUGUGAAGAGCAGACGACCUCAGGCAUCUCCUAAUGCUGGUUUCAUUUCACAACUGCAGAGCCUUGAAAGGUCUCUUAGUGAUGAAGAGAACAAGACAACAUAAUGUAGGUGGGCGGACUCCUGCGUUGAAGAACCUCGCUUUAAUAUAUACGUUACCCAAGUUAGAUGAAAUUUGGUGGUACAGAUAGAACUUUCAGUUGUUAAAAAAGAAAAUGAUGUGCUCUGUAUUUAAAGCUGACUAUGAACGAUUAGGUUGUAAGAAGUGCAAUAAAGCUCGUAUUGCAUAAAGCUUUUAAUACAUGUAGAGGUUCCCAUAAAUUUGCCCUAAGUGUGUAUAAAUCGUCGCGGUAUUAUAGAUCAGCAGACUGGUACUGUCCCGUUGUGAUGUUAGAAGGGAUGCUAAUUUGUAUAUAAAUACCAAUUAAUAAAUAUAAACCCUAAA